AUGAUGAUAAUCAGCGGAUCAUCAAAGAAGACAUGUGAGAGAGAUCACCGGAGAAAUCAGAGAUUCCGAUGAGAUCUUGCGAUCGGUUGGAGGAAGCGUUAUUGCAGUGCCACCGUCGGAUGCCGGAGGGACCGGCAAGGAGAUCCGGUUGCAGACAUUUGAACAAGGCGUUUGCGGAGUGCGUGGUGGCUGAGGCUUGUCCGGAGGAAUCAGAGGCGGUGAGAUCUCUUUGCUCUAGCGGCGGAACAAGCCUUAAGCGUUUCGAGUGUGAUCAAUCAACAACCUCAGGUCUAUUGGUUACUACUGCAACACAUUUUCCCAGACGUUUUGGUGGUUUGUCUCAGCUUCAGCAUAGUGACUUGUCGUUCAAUCAUCUGACUGGAACUCCAUCUCGGUUCUUGUUCUCUUUGCCAAACAUUAGUUACUUACACUUGGCAUCUAACAAGCUCAGAGCUUCCGGUGAGGGAGUUGUUAAACUCGGUGGAAACUGCUUGUCCAUAAUUGGCAGUCAUGAUCAGCAUCAAGAAUUCUUAUGCGAAGAGGCUGAAACUGAGGGAAAACAGUUCCAAGGAAGAAAGAUUGGGAUUUUGGUUGCUGUAGUUGUGCCGCAAACUCGGCUUAAGGUUGUGACAGAUAACUCACACACCAAUCUCUCCUCCGAAGUUCUUGCUAGUGCAAGGUUUAUCUCUCAAGCAGCAAAGCUAGGUGCACAAGGUGUGCCCUCAUGCCGGUCAUUUUCUUUUGAAGAAUUAAAGGAAGCCACAGACGAUUUCGAUUCAUCACGUUUCUUAGGUGAAGGCUCCCUUGGAAAGAGGAACACUGGAAAAUGGAAGUUCCAUAGCUAUCAAAUGUCUUGUUUUAUCAAGGAAAUUCUCCAGCCAGAGUAUCAGAGGUCACGUAAAUUGGAUGUCAAAGCUCAACCAUCCUCAUCUCCUUGGGCCAUUGCUCUCAAACUAGCGGAGAACACGAUCCUGUUGCAACCAUACUCUACCUUGUAUACGAGUAUAUGCUCAACGGGAGCUAUCGCACACAUCUGUCAGGUCCUGACGUGGCCAAAUCGGCUAGCAAUUCUGAUUGAGAUAGCAAAGGCAGUUCAUUUUCUUCACACCGGUGUAAUGCCUGGUUCAUUCAAAAAUCAUCUGAAGACGAACAACAUUUUGCUUGACGAACACAAGAGUGCAAAGCUCAGUGAUUAUGGAGUCUCUGCCAUCAAUAUCAUUGAAGAGAACGAAAAGCUCGAGGACUCUACUUUGCUUCUGCUUCUACAUUUUGCAGCAAGUCAGAAACCCACAAGUCAAAGAAAAUCAUGUUGGUUAAUAGCUGUUGCUGCAUUUGGGAGCCAAGACGGUCGGCAGAAAAUAGUAAGUCCAACGGUCCUAACAACAAACUCGCAGGAGUCUUUAUCGAUUGCCAUCUCAAUCGCCAAUAAAUGUGUUUUGCUUGAACCUUCUGCAAGACAUUCCUUCGAAGAUGUUCUCUGGAACUUACAAUAUGCAGCUCAAAUGCAGUCUGCCGCAGACGCUGAACACAAAUCUGAUACCUUCAAGUCUACUUCAAGACUUCAAACAAAAGCUGUUGUGUCUGAGAUUUCUGAUCAGACGCAUUAUCCUAGAAUCGGCGCUAAAUCCACCGGAACUAUAUCGCCGGCACAUCUCCUUGAAGUCGUUGAACUCGCCGCUAAAACCGGCGCUGAGGUGGUUAUGGAAGCUGUAAAUAAGCCAAGGAAUAUCACUUAUAAAGGUCUCAGUGACUUAGUAACUGAUACUGAUAAAGCAAGUGAGGCUGCUAUUUUGGAAGUAGUGAAGAAGAAUUUUAGUGAUCAUCUUAUUCUUGGUGAAGAAGGAGGUAUUAUCGGCGAUUCGUCUUCUGAUUACCUCUGGUGCAUUGAUCCUCUAGAUGGAACAACAAAUUUUGCUCAUGGAUAUCCCAGUUUUGCUGUUUCUGUCGGUGUUCUGUAUCGUGGAAAUCCCGCCGCUGCUUCUGUGGUUGAGUUUGUCGGUGGUCCGAUGUGUUGGAACACUCGAACCUUUUCUGCAACUGCAGGUGGUGGAGCGUUGUGUAACGGGCAAAAAAUUCAUGUCAGUAAAACCGAUGCUGUGGAGAGAGCACUUCUUAUCACAGGGUUUGGUUAUGAACAUGAUGAUGCAUGGAGUACUAACAUGGAACUGUUCAAAGAGUUUACUGAUGUGAGUCGGGGAGUGCGAAGACUCGGUGCUGCAGCAGUUGACAUGUGUCAUGUGGCACUUGGGAUUGCGGAAUCAUAUUGGGAGUACCGUUUAAAGCCAUGGGACAUGGCUGCUGGUGUUCUUAUUGUUGAGGAAGCUGGAGGAGCUGUGACUCGGAUGGACGGAGGGAAGUUUUCUGUGUUUGAUAGGUCUGUUUUGGUGUCCAAUGGCGUUCUUCACUCCAAGCUUCUGGAGAGAAUUGCACCUGCAACUGAGAAUUUGAAGUCGAACGGAAUUGAUUUCUCGCUGUGGUUUAAACCGGAAGAUUAUCACACAGAACUUUAAGACUUGUUCAAAGAGGUAUAAGAUUACA